GGCAGUCAGGGACCUCGGCGCCGUGAUCCAUGGCGCCGAGACGUGAAACCUCGGCGCCAUGAUGCAUGGCGCCGACCCCCUGGAUCCAUUUCUGCAUUUAAGUUUUACAGGAGUCCAAUUGUGAACUUUUUUCAAAAAAAGACCAAAUUGUAAAAAAUUGGGUCGGCCGGUCGGGUGUCAAGACUCAAGAGUCGAAACUCUUCCACCUACCUCUCGCCCCCAACAUCACCACCACCAUCACCACCAGUCCACCAUGGCGGCGAUGAUCACCGACAGCCCCACGGCCCCGGCGCCGCACGUCCUGGUCGUGCCGUACCCGGCGCAGGGACACACGAUCCCGCUGCUCGACCUCGCUGGCCUCCUAGCGUCCCUCGGCGGCCUCCGCCUCACCGUCGUCACCACGGCCGCUAGUGCCCAUCUCCUCCACCCGCUGCUGGCUGCGCACCGCGACACCGUCCGCGAGCUCGUCCUCCCGUUCCCCUCUCACCCGGCCUUCCCCGCGGGCGUCGAGAGCGCCAAGGGCUUGCCGCCCGCGCUCUUCGGCGCGCUCAUCGUCGCCUUCUCUGGGCUCCGCGGGCCUCUCGGUGAUUGGAUCCGCGAGCGGUCGGACGGACCGGACCGCGUGGUCGCCGUACUCUCCGACUUCUUCUGCGGCUGGACGCAGCCGCUCGCGGCCGAGUUCGGCAUCCCGCGGGUCGCGUUCUCCUCGUCCGCGGUGUACGGCACCGCCGUGCUGCACUCGCUGUUUCGACGGAUGCCGCGCCGCCACGACGGGGACGACUCCGACGAGAGCCUGAUCUCGUUCCCGGAUAUCCCCGGCACCCCGGCGUACCCGUGGCGGCAGCUGUCGCAGCUAUACCGUGCGCUGAAGGAAGGCGACGAGGUCUCAGAGGGUGUCAAGCGCAACUUCCUCUGGAACCUGGAGAGCUCGGCGUUCGUGUCCAACACGUUCCGGCGGCUCGAGGAGCGCUACCUCGGCGCACCGCUCGCGGACCUGGGUUUCAGGCGCGUGCGCGAGGUGGGGCCGUUGGCGCCGGACGCCGGCGCCGCGGGCAACCGCGGCGGGAAGACGGAUGUGGCCGCGGCUGACCUGUGCGCCUGGCUCGACGGAUUCGCCGAGGACGGCUCCGUCAUGUACAUCAGCUUCGGGAGCAUGGCAGUACUGCAUCCGCCGCACGCGGCGGCGCUUGCCGCCGCGCUGGAGCGCACCGGGGUGCCGUUCGUGUGGGCGGCCGGGCCGACGGUGACGCUGCCCGAGGGGUUCGAGGAGCGCGUCGCGGCGGCGGGCGGCAGGGGCAAGGUGAUCCGCGGCUGGGCGCCGCAGGUGGCGGUGCUGCGGCACCGGGCGGUGGGGUGGUUCGUGACGCACUGCGGCUGGAACUCGGUGCUGGAGUCCUGCGCGGCCGGGGUGGCGCUGCUCGCGUGGCCGAUGGCGGCCGACCAGUUCGUGAACGCGCGGCUGCUCGUGGACGAGGUGGGCGUGGCCGUGCCCGUGAGCUGGGGCGGGCUCGAGGCCGCGCCGUCCGCGGACGAGGUCGCGCGGGUGCUGGACGUGGCUGUUGUCAGCGGGCAGCGGCGUGACGUGGUGGCGCGCGCCAUGGAGCUCGCGGAGGAGGCCACGGCUGCGGCAAGCGAAGGCGGCGCGUCCCGGCGACAGCUGGAGGAGCUGGUGCAGGAGCUCCGCCGGCUCGGGAGCGAGCCAAAGGAGUAGCUGCCGUGGGGCCUUCUCCAAAAUUCUCCAAAAUAGUUCCAUCGGGCAUCGGCCACUUAAAUGAUGAUCGAUUAAUAAAGUGCUGACGAUGUCUCCGCUACAAAAUCUACUAUUCUCACCUGUAUAUUUGAUUCUGUAUAUAUGAACUCAAGUUUUUCAAAAGAAAAAAAGAUUUUGUAUGAACUCUGCA